UGCGGCUGUUGCUACGCUUUUGCAAUGACGAGCGCCAUAGAGGCGGGAAUAUGUCUGGACCAGGGGGCGCUGCCGUCGCUCAGCGAACAAGUCAUCGUGGACUGCUGUGGAGGCUACUACACGCACGGCUGCAGCGGCGGCUCUGUCAUACAGGCUUUUGACUGCGUCUAUGAUCUAGUCUCUAUGCCGUACGACAGCAACUACGCAUACACGGCGAAGAAAGGCACGUGUAAAUAUACAUACGGGAGAUACAUACCUCUCUACCGAUCCCAGCCGUUCUACUACAGCAAUAAGGAUGGCGAUGGUGAGGACAUGCUCUCUUUCUUCGUCUGCUAUGCACCGACCAUUAUAGCUAUAGCUGUUCCAACUAAUAACGACAGAUUCUACAUGUAUCGUGGUGGUAUCAUUGAUGAGCACACGGCAUGCGGUAAAACUAUAAACCAUGCCGUUGUAGCUGUCGGUAUCGGAGAAGAGAACGGAGUCCCUUAUUGGCUGGUUCUGAAUAGUUGGGGCACGCAGUGGGGCGAGGAUGGCUUUGUUAGGAUAAAGCGUGGUGACGGCAUAUGUAGCGUGGGCGAUUACUCGGUAGUGCCGCCUAUGAGUCACUGAGCCAUCGUGUUCCUCUUCAAUUCCUCGUACGGACACGUCAUAGGAAGUGAAUCGGAGGAAAUUACCCACUGUUCGCUAGUACUAGCUAGAUAAUUCAUGAAAAUGAACGGAUGCUUAGAUACGGCACGGCAUAAUCAAUCAAAUGUCAAAAUAUUACUUUGGUUAUUAGAUCUCUAUCUAAUAACAGGUGUGGGGGAAAAAAGAAAGAAUAUACAAGGAAACAUCAUUGUUAAUCAGACGAAACGUCGGUCCGGAUCAAUAAUAUGUCAUGAACGGCAACGUUGAUGUUUGGCCUCGUCAUUUAAAUUUGGGGAUUUUUCUUAUUAUUACUUGUGUGUAUUUGGUUAUUUGAAUAAAAGAUAAUCCAAUGCUGGGGAAAUUUACGCUGUUUUGGGAGUAUACUUUUAUCUUACAACUUGAAUCGG